GCCGCCUCGCAAUCACUUCCGGUGACGACAAAAGAGAAGCGGCACGGGGAGACGCUCUAGCCAGCUGCUGUGGUCUGUUGUUUUGGAGGGAUGGAGCUUCCGAUACCCUAGUGGCAGAAUUUAGGGAGCGUGGGAAAACUGCAGAACUUGAGGUGCCCGGCAUGGAGUUAGCGGCAAUGACUGGAGAAUACAGUGGCCGGGAUGGGCUAUAUAGCGAUUAUCCUGACACACUUCUUUCUCUGCUUUUCCUAUUUCUAUCUGCAAUCAGCUGGGAUGAAUGACGUGUAGCAUUUCUUACGCCCAUUAACGUGUCCAGGCUGAGUGACUGCAAAUGGAAAGAGCAGAAGAUAAUGACACAUAUGGCAGCGUGUGGCACACAGCUGCAGGGAGCACCCUCCUCAGUGUGAGCCUGACCCUGACCGCAGGGUAUUAGAGACACGUCUUCUCGUUCCCUGCCUGGCAGUAAUAGCUGCACAUAGACCUGCACUAACACCCCGGCUCCUGGGCACAAGUGCCUACCCUUAUGUAUCACAGUGUUACUUAUUGGGUAACACCAAGGCGCUGUAGUAGGCUGGAACAUAAAAGCCUGGGGUUGAGUGGUGGUUGCUAUGUGUUACAGCCAUAUGUCCCGUUACCCUAAACCGGGAGGGGAUGGAGGCUGCCUAUAGACAUCUAUCUAUGUCCUGUGCACAGUGUAUGGCGGCAGCACGGCCUCACAGAGAUAGCUGGGCGAUUGUAUGUGACCUCGCAGGUGACACUGUACAUUACACAGCAGCAUAGAAGCUGGCCGAAUAAGAAGCUAACUUCAGCCUCGUGCAGCAUAGAGCUCUCUCUCUCCCGGGCCACGAGCAGCCAGCUGGGCAUUGCAGCCGAUCCCUAGUAUCCACGAGCUAUUGCACUUCCUGUGGGUGGGGGGCGGCAGUGAGUGGGUGACACGCUGCUGUACUAGCCAGCUGUUUCAUUCACAUGUUACAGUGGCAAGCAGGAGAGAGAGCCUGGUGGUGGCAGGGUGGCCGCAUGCAGCACAGGUAGUACGCUCCCCAUCCUAGCCCAUGCAGCAUCUGUGUGGCCUGUACUUCUAAGGACACUAGUCAGUAACACGUGCAAUGUCACAUCCUGUACACAGCUGACACAUAACACCUCAAUACAUGUUAUGUGUAUUGUCUCUAGUGAAUAAGCCAGCCCUUCUCUGUCCCAGUUCCUGUGCCUUACACAAAUACUUUUAUAAUUCCCAUAGACUAGUGUGUGAGUGUGAGAGAGAGAGAGAGACUGCUGGGAAACAUGUCCCUGUCUUCCUGCUGCAAUGGAACAGAGAGAGUGUCUGCUUGCAGUAAGCUGGAAUACUGCGAUCUGGGGUUUCCUGAUGUAGACUUGAAUGGUUCUGUUGAAACCACUGCAGAAAGCACCUUUAAAGCCGCAUUAGAUGUGAAUACAAGAAAGAAGUACACAUUUGCAAAAAAGAAGGCAUUUGCUCUUUUCGUUAAAGAACUACAGUCAACUGGGUCACCAGAGUCUGACCAAGAAGAUGUUAUUUGGUGGAUUUGUUGUGAACGAGAGUUUACAGACCUGAGAACUAUUCACAAGCAUGUAGCCGCACAACAUGCAAUGGAAGUUUUGCAAAGAACUGGAAACAUUUUAGAAGAACUUUCCAUAAUUGCUGCAGCCACUGUGCCAUGCGCUGACUUCUCAGAUAACCCUGGUGCCUCAACAGAAACGUCCUGGGAAAAUUGUAAGAUUUCUGAAUGGUUACCGGGUAUCAGUCUUUACGAUGAAGAACUACUAAUAAGUGAGCCAGAAGAAGUUCUUUUAUAUUACUGCUACUGUGACAUAAAGGACCCACAGUGGAUUUGUGACUGGCAAAGGACAUUGUGUGAACUAUUGCAUCUUAAAGGCAAAAUUCGAAUAGCUUCAGAAGGAAUAAAUGGAACAGUGGGGGGAAGCAAAAUUUCCACCAAGCUUUAUAUCAACACAAUACUUUCACACCCCCUGUUUAAACACAGCAUGUGUUUGGAGGAUUUCAAGACAAGUGAUGGGGGUGCGCACUGCUUUCCUGAACUUCGUGUUGGAGUUUUCCAAGAAAUUGUGCCAAUGGGUGUUGAUCCCCAAAAAGUCAGUUAUAAAGAAACAGCUAUUCAUCUUUCUCCUGGGGAGUUUCAUAGAAAAGUGGAACAUUAUUUGUCUGCAGCCGAUGAAGGAGGGAAGGACACUAUUUUACUGGACUGCCGCAAUUUUUAUGAAAGCAAAAUAGGCCAGUUCCAGAACUGCCUGGCUCCAGACAUCAGGAAAUUCAGCUACUUCCCAAACUAUGUGGAUCAAAAUCUGGAUUUAUUUAAAGAUAAGACUGUGUUAAUGUACUGUACAGGAGGAAUACGCUGUGAACGUGGCUCAGCUUACCUCAGGUCAAAGGCUGUGUGCAAGGAAAUAUACCAGCUAAAGGGAGGCAUACAUAAAUACCUGGAGCAGUUCUCGGAUGGGUUCUUCAGGGGGAAGCUGUUUGUCUUUGAUGGCCGUUACACCAUAUCUUCUAAUGAAGACAUCAUAUCAAGCUGCCAUUAUUGUGGCACCCCCUGGGACAGAUAUCGGCUGUGCUCCACUCUUCGCUGCUGCCAGCUGGUCCUGACCUGCAUGGAGUGUCAGCAGAGAGACCUGACUGCAUGCUGCUGUACCUGCCAGGAGAAAGGGCUCCGGGUGCUGUCUGACAGGUGCCAGCAGCACUUCAAAGAAGAAUGUGAAUGUACAGACAAGAGAGCCAAGAUUCCUAUAGAGAAGGUCUAACCAGAGGCACCUUUGAUCAUUAGGUUUAUUUCAGUGUAGAAUUUAUUUAAAAAACAAAAUGAAAAAAGCCAAAGUUUUCUAUAGCUGCACAGGCAGCUCUGUUUCGUGGUUGUGCCAUGUACAAAAAUGUUCACACAUUUAUUUUUUAACAUUCUAAUGUGAAGAAAUAGAAAUGCAUACCUGUAUAGUAUACAUCCGAGUACUGUGCUUUUGGAAGAAUAAACAUAAGUGCUUUUACAA